UAAAACGUCAGCCGACCUGUACUACUUUCCCCUCGGAAAAGCAUCGUCCUCCAUCCGCAACACCAGCAAGAGAAAAGCGCGCCAAAGCUUCUUAUCUGCUUUCCAACCACCGCACGAUGCCGGAGUUACCUGAGGUGGAGGCGGCGAGGAGGGCUAUUGAAGAGCAUUGUGUCGGGAAAGUCAUCAAGAAGGCCUUGAUAGCUGACGAUUCGAAGGUCAUCGACGGCAUAUCGCCCUCUGACUUCGAGGCUUCGCUCUUAGGCAAAACCAUCCUCUCCGCCCAUCGCAAGGGCAAACACAUGUGGCUCCGCCUCGAUUCUCCCCCUUUCCCUACAUUUCACUUCGGGAUGGCGGGUGCCAUAUACAUCAAGGGCGUAGCUGUCACGAACUAUAAAAGGUCUGUGGUUAAUGAAGAUGAUGAGUGGCCUUCCAAGUACUCAAAGUUCUUUGUUGAGCUUGACGAUGGUGUAGACCUAUCCUUCACAGACAAAAGGCGGUUUGCAAAAGUCUGCCUGCUGAAAGAUCCAGCUUCAGUGCCCCCAAUAUCUAAGCUUGGCCCAGAUGCUCUUUUAGAGCCUAUGGCACUGGAUGACUUUAUUGAAUCCUUGGGCAAGAAGAAACUGGCUAUUAAGACUCUAUUGCUUGAUCAGAGCUAUAUUUCGGGUAUUGGCAAUUGGAUUGCAGAUGAAGUGCUAUAUCAAGCGAGAAUUCAUCCAAAUCAAAGUGCUGCUACCCUAUCCAAAGAAAGUUGUGCAGCUUUGCACAAGAGCAUACAAGAGGUAAUUGAAAAAGCGCUUGAAGUUGGAGCAGAUAGUAGUCGGUUUCCUAAUAAUUGGAUUUUCCAUUCACGCGAAAAGAAGCCUGGCAAGGCUUUUGUUGAUGGUAAGGAAAUCCAUUUCAUCACUACAGGCGGCAGGACAUCGGCCUUCGUACCUGAGUUGCAAAAGCUUACUGGAGCUGAACCGAAAAAUCAAAAUUCAAAGAGAAAAAUCAACGAAGGCAAAAAAAUGAAUGAUGAGGGUGUUGGUGAACUAGUGAGCAAGACAAAGAAAACUGCAGAUACAACAGAUACAAAGACAAAGUCAAAGCCUAAGGGUCCCUCUAAGAAGCCUUCAACCAAAAGAAAAUCCAAAAUCAAUGAGGACGAUGGCUCUGAUGAAGAAGCUGAAAACGAUGAUGCCAGUGAUGAUGAAGACAACAUUCAUGACAUUGGAAAGAUGAAAGCGGGAAAGAGGACGAACGUUGGGCGAAUGCACGAUGCUUCUGAAUCGGAGAAGCCUUCGAAGCAAACAGUUCCUAGCAGUCGAAGUGGUAAGCAGAGGAAGAAAGCAAAGUAAGUUCAUGUCCUUAUUACCAUAUGUAGUGUUUUUUUUGUUGAUAAUUAUGAGAACAUAUGCCUGCAGUUGGAACUUGCCUUCUUGUCAUGACUGUUAAUCCUAGCCGUAGAUGUGGGCAUGGCUUUUGUAUCAUCUGUUCUGUUCCCAUCAUUUUGAAGAAUGUUGAUAAGAUUAGGAAAAGGCAAAUUUAUCAUUCUACUUGGUUCA